AUUGGAAAAAGUUCAAAGAAGAAUUAAAAAAAAAAAGGAAAGGAGGAGGAAUUGCCAGUCUGAUUUUUCUGGAAUUUGUGAUUUGGAAGUUGACACCACCAAAUUCCAACUCCAAACUAAUCAAAUCUCAAAUUUUUAACUAAAAUUCCUUCUCCAAAUUUUCCAAAAUUUUGCAGAUUCUAUAACGCGUUCGUUGAAAAAGUUGAAUUUCCCGGAUUUUUUUUAUUUUCAUUAGAGCUUUGAUUUUUGCUGAUUUACAGGAAAUCGUAAGAAAAGUAAGACUUGGGGAGGAUUGAGGUAUAGUUUGUUGAACGUGGGUUCGGUUUGCUUGUUAAAAGUUUCAAGCUUUGAAUUUUGUAUGUGGUUUGUGAUUAUAAGAUGUAUAGCAAUUUCAAGGAGCAGGCAGUAGCUUAUGUGAAGCAAGCAGUUGAGGAAGAUAAUGCUGGAAAUUAUGCGAAGGCUUUCUCUCUAUAUAUGAAUGCUUUGGAGUAUUUUAAAACUCAUUUGAAAUAUGAGAAGAAUCCCAAGAUUAAGGAAGCAAUUACCCAGAAGUUUGUGGAGUAUUUGAGGAGGGCUGAGGAGAUUCGUUCUGUUCUAGAUGAGGGAGGUGGUGGGCCGACGUCCAAUGGAGAUGCUGCUGUUGCGUCGCGCGCAAAGUCAAAGCCAAAGAAUGGAGGAGGAGGAGGAGAGGGUGAUGAUUCAGAGAAUGUAAAGUUAAGAGCUGGGCUUAAUUCCGCUAUUGUAAGGGAAAAACCUAAUGUGAAGUGGAAUGAUGUAGCAGGGCUUGAGAGUGCCAAGCAGGCAUUGCAAGAGGCUGUUAUCCUGCCGGUUAAGUUUCCUCAGUUUUUCACUGGCAAGCGUCGACCGUGGAGAGCCUUUCUGUUGUAUGGUCCACCUGGAACAGGAAAGUCAUACCUAGCAAAAGCUGUUGCUACAGAAGCAGAUUCAACCUUUUUCAGUGUUUCUUCAUCAGACCUUGUUUCAAAGUGGAUGGGUGAAAGUGAAAAACUUGUGUCAAAUCUAUUCCAAAUGGCCCGAGAAAGUUCUCCUUCAAUAGUAUUUAUAGACGAAAUUGACUCCCUGUGUGGCCAAAGAGGUGAGGGUAGUGAAAGUGAAGCAUCGAGACGUAUCAAAACUGAGCUUCUUGUACAAAUGCAGGGUGUAGGGCACGAUGACGACAAAAAAGUUCUGGUUCUUGCAGCGACAAACACUCCCUACUCAUUAGACCAGGCUAUUAGACGGAGAUUUGACAAAAGAAUAUACAUUCCCCUACCAGAUUUGAAGGCAAGGCAGCACAUGUUCAAGGUACAUUUAGGAGAUACCCCUCACAACUUGACAGAAAGUGAUUUUGAGCAACUAGCUCGGAAAACAGAAGGUUUUUCAGGUUCAGACAUUUCUGUGUGUGUAAAUGAAGUCUUGUUUGAACCUGUACGUAAAACUCAAGACGCUGAGUUUUUCAUUAAGACUAGUGAUGGGUUGUGGGUGCCUUGUGGACCUAGACAACCAGGUGCUAUUCAGACUAAUAUGCAGGAGCUUGCAGCAAAAGGCCUUGCUUCAAAGAUUACACCACCACCAAUCAGCAUAAGGGAUUUUGACAGAGUGCUAUGGAAACAGAAGCCAACAGUAAGCAAAGCAGAUCUUGAGGUGCAUGAGAGAUUCACGAAGGAGUUCGGUGAGGAAGGAUGAAGGAUCUUUGGUUUGCUAUAUAAUUAUAUAACUACUAUAGCCGUGAAAUAUUUCAGAUUUAGUCAUCACUUCAAUAAAACCCAACAGUGUGUGAUAAAGAGUAAUAAUCAGUCUUGGUCCUUAAUUUAAGGACCAUUGAGCUGAUGUUUAGUGAUUACUGUUUUUGCUUUGUACAGCUCGAUGAUAGUUUCUCAAAAAGCAUUUUAUGAAAUUUUACAUGUUAAGACCAUCGUACACUGGUAAAGUAUUAUCAAUAUCUCUGAUGGAAUGAAAGAAAUGUUGUUUUUGUGU